AUGGGAAUUUUAGGCCCCAGAGAGGCCGCCGCUGGUAGCCAUGGCUGUGAGCUUCCCGAUGAUUUCAGGCAAAUGGAUGUCGGGCCGUUUGUGGGAAAUCUCACGUUUUAUCACUUUAACAUGAUCGUGUCUGGUAUCUGCACCGCGAUUGUGUUAGUCUUGAUUUUCGGUCUAAUGGCAAGACAUGCGUUGCGCAUGAGUAAUCCACAAGAACAACUCAAAAUCAUGCGAAUCAUCAACUUAAUCCCUGCCUACCAAAUCCUGUCUUAUGCCUCAAUCUGUUUUCCGAACGCCUACGUCUACCUACAAGGAUUCACCGAGGUGUUCCAGGGCAUCGCUUUAUACUCAUUUCUCAUGCUUAUGUGCGAUUUCAUGGCUCCCACUGAUCAAGGCAAAGUGGAAUUCUUCUCUUCGCUAGAAAUCAAGGAACAAUGGCGGCCGAAGAGGACAAGAAACGGCCUUAAAUUCUUGAAGGUGGUGUGGUGGUCAGUGUUGCAAUAUACUCUAAUCGCAUGGGGUGCUGCUAUCACUCAAGUGGCGACUCAGGCAGUGCAUGUUUACUGUCUUAGUAGCAUGGCGCCGCAUUUCUCUCAUAUUUGGAUCUCGGUGGCCACCUCACUUUCCACAGGAGUGGCCGUCAACGCCAUCGUGCAAUUCUACGUGAAUAUGAAGGGGUACAUGGCCGAGCAUAGACCACUGCUAAAACUCCUAGCCUUCAAGUUGAUUGUCGGAGUGAUAUUUCUGGAGAAGAUAAUCUUCAUGAUCCUCAGCGGAACAGGGGUCCUCAAGCGUGUGAAGUCCCUCACCUAUAUCGAUAUCGCGAUGGGGCUACCCACAAUGGUAAUCUGUGUCCAAAUGGUCCCAUUAGCACUGUUUGUUUGCUACACCUACCGCACACAGCCCUAUGAGAUCUCGAACAAUGCCCCGCGCACCCUGCGCCCUCGAGAGUACCAGGCUCUCGGCGACGAUGCCGACGAGGCAUUGAUGAGUGGUUUCACGAAGCGGUACCAGGGUGGUUGGUUGGGACUGCAUGCUUGGGCCGUCUAUCUCAGUCCAUUGACCUUGUUCAUCGAUGUUAGAGAGGCGUAUGUCAUGAUUCAUAAAGCUCGGGCUGCGCAGAAGGCGCACUUCAAGGAGCAGGUGCCAGUGCAAAUGGAUACGCCGAUGGAGAGAUAUGAUAGCCCCGAGGGUGCAUGA